AUGACAAUCAAGAUGAUAACCCUCCUGCUGGCCCUACUCGCCGCCGCCGUCGUCGCCGCCGCCUUCGAGUACGAGGCCAGUAACCCACGUCAGCAGCAUCCACCGUGCCAAGUCCAGAUGCACGGGCGCCAGUUCCAGGGGUGCCAGACGUACCUCUGUCAGGGAAGAGGCGGCGGGCCCCAGUCAUCGGAGAUCAAUCCACAGCCGGAGGAGGAGGAGGAGAAGUCAUUGAGAGAGUGCUGCCGGCAGCUGGCGGAGGUGGCGGAAGAGUGCCGGUGCGAAGCCGUCAAGCGGGCGGUUAGGCAGCUCCAGCAGAAGGAGGGCCAGCGGGCCGGCCAGGAGCAGAUUUACGAGAAGGCCACGGAUCUCCCGCGCGCGUGCCACGUGGAGCCGCCGGAGUGCCGGUUAGGGCCGCGUUCGCGUAGGUCGGAGGUAUGA